GCUGUGACAGUCACAAGCCUUUAGCCGCUGUGUGAGGAGUGUCAUCACAACAUCCACUAUUUUACAGGAGGAAAUGGAGAAAAGCUACGAGAUGACGCACACUUACAUCUGCUUUCAUCCCAUGCUGCAACACUGAAGCUGGCGAGUAAAAUGAAAAGGCAUUUUUAAAAUAGCUGAAAAAGUGAGGAAGGGUAAUGAAAGACAGGUGACGUGACCAGUGAAAACAGCAAAGGGUCAUGGGAUGUGGCAUGGGAAAAUCCAGACCUCAGCAAAAGAAGUGUGACCGAGUGAGCAUCUCAGUCCCAGCUGCCACAGCAAUCAGAGCGGCUCUACUGAUCCAGCGCUGGUACCGGCAGUACGCUGCCAGGCUGGAGAUGAGACGCAGGUGCACGUGGAACAUUUUCCAGUCCAUUGAAUAUGCAGGAGAACAAGAUCAGAUAAAGCUGUACAAUUUUUUUGGCUUUUUGAUGGACCACUUCACCCCAGCCAGUACUGAAAGAAACCUAAUUUCUCACAUCUUUCGUGAGAAUGAGAUCUGCCGCGACGUUGAGUGGGAGAGAUAUUUUUGCUACAAGGCCAUUGAGGUACCAGACAGCUACAAUGGGCCCCACAUAACAUUCCCCAUGACAUUCUGUGGAGUGUCAAUGUUAGUGGAAGCUUUUAAGCAUAAACAAAAGCUCCAUGCUCGAUAUGUGCUUCAGAUUCUUGGAGAGACGUGGAGACUUCUGCGAAUCCUUCCAAACAUCAAUCACGUCUCUGUCUCUCAUAGCAAGGAAAUUACAAUAUGUGGAGACUUGCAUGGGCAGCUUGAAGAUCUGUUGCUGAUAUUCUAUAAGAACGGUUUACCAUCAUGUGAGAAACCGUAUGUCUUCAAUGGAGACUUUGUGGAUCGUGGCAAAAACUCCUUGGAGAUUCUGCUCAUCCUGUUUGGAUUCCUGCUUGUCUACCCCAAUGAUGUCCAUCUGAACAGAGGGAACCAUGAGGACCACAUUGUUAAUCUGAGAUAUGGUUUCACAAAGGAAGUUUUGGCAAAAUACAGGGUGCACGGCAGGAAGAUCCUGAAGCUUCUCCAAAAGAUCUUCAGCUGGCUGCCCAUAGCCACAGUGAUCAAUCACAAGGUGCUGGUUGUUCAUGGAGGGAUCUCCAAGUCAACGGACCUUGACAUGGUUGCCAGAGUGGACAGACACAGAUAUGUGUCGGUCCUGAGGCCUCCGAAGAUGGUUUGUCAAUCACUUAAUGGCAAAAGGACAAUGAACAGCAGAAAUGAACACGUUGAUGGACCAGUCGAAGGCCGACGUCGAGUGCGCUCUUUGACUUACCAAAGCUCUACCUUGACUCAGUGGAACAACUUGCCUCGUCGUUCGCUUCAUAACUUGCCCUUCAGCAUUCAGCCGAACUGCUCGGUGGAGAACGAGCUGAAGAAGCGGCGCAGGCUGGCUGGGUUUGACCAGUCCUACAGAGAGACAAAGGCCUCUGACUCUGAUUCAGACCCAGAGUUUGGAGACGCCACAGAAGCAGAUGGGCACAAGUGGAAACAAAUAGUGGACCUGCUGUGGAGCGACCCGAUGCCCCAAAAUGGCAGCAUUCCCAAUGAGGUGAGAGGUGGAGGCUGCUAUUGGGGACCUGAUGUCACUGAGGAGGUGCUGGGAAGACACAAUCUCCAACUUCUCAUCCGAUCCCAUGAGUGCAAACAGGAUGGCUACGAGUUCUGCCACAAUCGCAGGGUGCUGACCAUAUUUUCAGCCUCUAACUACUACGAAGUGGGCAGCAACAGAGGAGCCUACAUCCGAAUGGGCCCAGAUUUGGUCCCUCACUUCGUCCAGUACCAGGCCAGCAGGACGUGCAGAGAGCUCACCCUGAGACAAAGUGUGGGGUGGACAGAGAGAUCGGCGCUGCGAGCUCUCAGGGAGCAACUGUUUGUACACAAGUCCGACCUCAUCAGAACCUUCCAGGAGCACGAUCCCAACAACACGGGGCUGAUCUCUCUAAGGCACUGGGCCAGCGCCACGGAGACUGUACUGAAGCUGGGUUUGCCUUGGAGGAUGCUGCGCUCUCAGCUUGUUAGCAGAACCCCGUAUGGUAUGGUGGACUACAAGCAGUGGAUAAAGGAGCUCUCCAUCACUGAGCCCAAACUAGAGGUGUCAGAUACAAGCAUCCUGGAGACUAUGUACAAAAACCACUCCAAUCUGGAAACCAUCUUCCGCAUUAUAGACACAGAUCACUCAGGUUUGAUCUCUUUUGAAGAGUUUCGUCAGACUUGGAAACUCCUCAGCUCUCAUCUCAAGAUGGACAUCAGUGACAAGGCCAUCGCAGACCUGGCUAAGAGCAUAGACUUCAACAAGGACGGUGGCAUCGAUAUUAACGAGUUCAUGGAGGCCUUCCGACUGGUGGACCUCUCCGCACAUACCAUAUAGUCUGGGAUGGGAGCGGUAGCUGAACCAGUGCUAUGCUCAUGAAGAUCUUCUGCUUUGCAGAGUCUUGAGUGCACCUGCUCACCUCCAUAUAUUUGAAAGUACUGGACCGUGCGGUAGAUCAACAGCACAUUUUCACAUAUCCGGGUUAGACGUCUUCUACCUCAUAGCGUUUUUUUUUUGGCUGGUUUAUACCUUUUUUUUUAAUGUUUUGUAUUUUUAAAUUUAUAAAUGAUCAUAUGUUAAGUUGUGACCCUUUCACAACUGAGAAUGACCACGCCAAAUUAUUGAUUUUGUACAUUACAGUAAGUUUACAAGUUCUUUGUAAGAGGCUUUUUUUUUUUCUUUAGUUAAUUUUGCUCCACUUCAUCUGUUCGCCAAAUUUCAUUUGCUGUCACUCUGACAAAGUAUCAAUAAUUA